AUGUACUCGUUUCGAUUCCAAGGCGCACGUUAUCCCGCGAGCGGUGAUGUUGAUGUAGUCGGCUACUGCCGUUCCACCCAUGCAGCCAUUCCAACGCCGCCCAUGAUGUCUCUGGAUGCAGCAGUUAUCAAGCCGGACAAUCACAAAGCCAAAAACACAAGUCCUGCGAAUCCAUCAUAUACCAAGGACGAACUGGCGCAUCAGCUCCGUGAAACGAAAGCCAAGGUUCUUGUGGCUCACUCGUCCAACGUGGACACGGCUUUUGAAGCGGCCGACAUUGUCGGCUUGGCCCGGUCAAGCAUUUUUGUAUUUGGAAAGGGGAUAGUCAAGGGUGUGCGGCCAUACGUUAAGAUAUUGCUUGGUGGCCGUCUUGCCAGAACGGUCGAAUUCAAGUUCGAGAAAAGCUUGCGUUCCUUUGCUUUUCCUCAGGAACAACAGAAUACUGCAAUACGAAAUAAUAUCACGGCAAUAUGGUCUCCAACAUCUGAAAGCGAAGCAGCACGUAUUUUGGCAGUACUCCCCUUUUUCCACAUUUAUGGCUUGAUGGUGGUUUUGCAUGCACCCUUCUAUAUGCAGCGCCCUGUGUACAUUCUGCCGCGUUUCGACCUGGAGCAAUUCUGUACCACGGUCCAAAAGUACAAGAUCUCCUUCGGAUGUGUUGUGCCACCAAUUUUGCUUUUAUUAGCAAAAUCGCCUGCUAUUGACAAAUAUGACCUGUCGUCGCUAAAGGUGGUUGUGUCUGGCGCAGCUCCUUUGGACGCAGCUUUGGCAGACGAGGUACAAAAGCGGUUGAAUUUGAAGGUGAAGCAAGCGUAUGGCCUCACCGAGACAACUCCAGUCGUUUGUAUCCAGCCUAAUAAUAACAUCGUUCCAGGCUCAUCGGGUGUACCUGACAUGUUUGCCAAGGUCGUGGAUGCCGAAAAUGGAAAAGAAAUGGGGGUCGGUGAACGUGGCGAGUUGUGGCUGAAAGGACCGAAUAUCAUGAAGGGCUACCUUAACCGUCCGAAAGAAACUGCCAAUUGUAUUGACUCUGAAGGCUACUUCCACACUGGGGAUGUCGCUAUAAUCGAUUCAGCCGGUCAUAUUUAUAUCGUUGAUCGUAUAAAGGAGCUAAUCAAAUAUAAAGGUUUUCAGGUUGCACCUGCUGAAUUGGAAGGCAUACUGCUUAAGUACGCAGACGUUGCUGAUUGUGCCGUCAUUGGCGUAUACGAUCAUGAACAAGUCACUGAAAUACCACGUGCCUAUAUCGUUCUCAGACCAGGUGUACAGCAGGGCGAAAAGGUCGCGGAGGAUCUUAAAAAGUUUGUGGCAGACAAGCAAAUCCAAUCCGUGAUUUUCCGUGAUCAAAUCCCCAAGAGUGCUACUGUAAAAAUUCUGCGAAAUGUUCUGAGAAAUGAGGUCAAGGCCGAAGAGGACGCGAAGCGAGCAUCCAAGUUAUGA